AUGGGACUCACAAAGAAGAAACAAAGAAAUACAAGAAUUACACUAGAAGAGUUAGAGCAGAUGGGUGAAGAAGAAGUGAGAGAGCAGCUCCGUAACUUCCUAAGAGACAAAAGGCAUUUGGUCGUGAUGGAUGAUGUAUGGAGUGUUGAUGUUUGGAGACAAAUGCAUCACAUCUUUUCUAAUGGAAACAACGGGAGCAGAAUACUGCUUACUACCCGUAAAAUUGAAGUUGCAAGACAUGCCGAGCCAUGGAUUCCUCCACAUGAACUGCAGCUUUUGAACGACGCACAGAGUUUGGAACUCUUCCGUAGGAAGGCAUUUCCACCAAAUCAAGACGUCCCGACUGGGCUAGAGGCAUUGGCCCAGAAGCUUGCAAAGAGGUGUGGUGGACUUCCUCUUGCACUUGUGGUGUUAGGGGGCCUUCUGUCGAGGAAAGAUCGUAGCUACGACACCUGGUUGAGAGUAGCUCGGAGCAUGAAAUGGGAAUCUAGUGGAGAUGGGCAGGAAUGCCUCCGUAUAUUGGGUUUGAGUUACGAUGACUUGCCAUAUCCGUUAAAACCAUGUUUCUUGUACAUCGCUGCGUUCCCAGAGGACUCAACUAUCUCCGCUUCCAAAUUGGUUAGGUUGUGGAUCGCCGAAGGUCUCAUACCACAAGAGCAGACACAGACGAUGGAAGACACCGCAAGGGACUGGCUGGAUGAGUUGGUGCAGAGGUGCAUGAUCCAGGUUGUGGAGAGAAGCAUGGCUCAUGGGCGGGUUGAGAGCAUACGCAUCCAUGAUAUGCUGCGCGACUUUGGCCUAUCAGAAGCCAGAAAGGAUGGAUUUCUUCAUAUUUGCAGCAGCGACGACAAGGCAGUAUCUGAUGGUAUAUCGUGUCAUCCUGCGGCUUUCCACAGUCGUAUACAUGACGAGGUUGCUGUUUUCUCACCACAUCUCCGCACUCUGCUGGGUUUCAAUUUAGUUUUGAAAGACAGUACUGCUGCAGGAAAAUUUCUGAAUGGAUUAAACUUAGUAAGGGUGCUGGAGUUGGAGGGUGCAAGAGAUUUGAAGGAGUUACCGAAACAGAUCGGCAGCAUGAUUCAUCUACGAUACCUGGGAUUGAGAAACACUGGUUUGAAGAGAUUGCCAUCCUCCAUCCGGCAUCUCCUAAAUCUGCAGACUUUGGAUGUCAGAGACACAGGCAUUUAUUGGCUUCCGAAAUUAUUUUGGAAAAUCCGGACGCUGAGACACGUCUAUAUUAAUAUACUUGCAUUUCUAAGCGCCCCAAUAAGUGGUGAUCACAACAACUUGCAGACUCUACAAAUUGCGAACUAUGUACGUAAUAUAAAUGUCAUCAGUCUUUUCAGCCAUAUUCUAGCCAUAAGAUUCAUCAAAAAUUGGGUUACUACACCUGGCUUUACUGAGGAGGCAAUGGACAGAACAUGCGGCAGAAUGCUUGGAAAGUCGCUCGGAAAAGCAAUCGAGAAAAUGGACAGCCUCGUCUCCUUGACUCUGGAAUUUUCUCUUAUCCCUGGGGGCAUCCUUUUCGCUCAUGCACCAAACCUGCACCACCUCCGUUCGUUGAAUCUAUUUGGGCGGUUGUUACUCGGACCACAGCAGCAGCUCCCAAACAGCAAUCAGUUCCCACCAAACCUCACCAAGCUUAUAUUAUCUUACUCUGAGUUUGAGCAAGACCCAAUGCAAGUUCUGGAGAAUCUGCCGAACCUCAGACUUCUUGCCCUGAAAAGAAAUGCAUACGUGGGGAGGAGCAUGUCGUGUUCUUCUGCUGGUGGCUUUCCUCGACUGCGGCACUUGAUAUUAACGACCCUCUAUUAUUUAGAGGAGUGGAGCGUGGAGAUUGGGGCGAUGCCCAGCCUCACCCACUUAACCAUCGAUUGGUGCACGAAAUUGAAUAUGCUUCCCGAGGGAUUGCAGCACGUGACCACCCUUCGGGAGCUGAAGCUGAUUGCUAUGCAUCGUGAGUUCAAUGACAAGGUUAGAGAUGAGGAUGGGUACAAGGUCCGACACAUUGACUCCAUUACUUUUGAAAACGAGCGCCAUUGA